AACCACUUCUGAGACAAGUUCCAUCCCAGCUUUGAGUCAGAUCCUGACUGCCUGGACAUUGAAGACAAGUUGUACACUCGAGUGUGUGGAGCAGCUGCAGAAGAAGAGAGUCAUUCAGCUGUCACCUCUGAGGGGACUCGCAGAGGGGCCUGGCCACCAGAUAACGCUGCACAAGGGCCAGGGGAGUUAGAGGCACUGCAGAAAGAGCUGUCCCCACAGGGCAUGCCAGGUCCAAAUGAAGUGAAGGAAGUCUUUAAUGAGAAAUCUAAACCUAGUGCUGAACUUUUGACUGACAGUGACCCUGCCUGUAAAGUAAACAUUGGUGACAUGCAGGCUGAGUCUUUAAGGGCAAACGUUUACGCCAGGCUCUCUAAAGAUUAUACAGAAAGUAGUGUAUUACUUAAUGUUGGCAUACUCCCUGAGUUACAUAUUUACAUGGACGCUGACUCACUAGAAUGUGUGUGUGCUGUCCCUAAAGAAAGAGAGAGCUGCAGUUCAGGACUAGUAAGUCUGGUGGGUGAUUCACAUGUUAAUUCCAUUAGUGACACUUCAAAUGUGGAAAGAAAUGGUGAAUCUGGGGCUGUAACAACUAGUGUAGAUCAGAAUUUAAACUCUGAAAAGGAAGCAGAAAGUAACUCUGUAAAAUCACUAAAAGAUAAUGAUUGUUCCAGCUUAGAUGUUAGCAGAUCAGACAGUAGUCUCCUUUCCAUAAAUCUAGAUAGAGUUAAUUUAAGUUCAAAAAGAUGUAUCACUUCAUUGAGCUUUGGAAAUGAGUGUGUUCCCAUUCAUGCUAAUGUCCAAGAAGCAGCCCCUAACAGACUUGAUGAUCCCGGACCUGAAUACCUCUUGGUGCCAGUGAUCAAGGAGCAGCACCAGGGUGACUGCAGCAUGGAAACUGGAAGCAUCCAGCUUGCAAACAAAGGAGAAUCAUUUUUGCAAUCGGAAAAUAGUUCAUCUUAUCAAUAUGAGGAUAAAAUUAGCAUUUUUGAAGAUGAGGGUUGUGGUAGGAGGGCUUUUGAAUGGAGAUCUUCACGUCAGGCACAUCUCUGUGCCGAUGCUGGGGCCAGCAAGGCCCAGGCACAGAUCAGUGAUUUAACUUGUGCAGUGCGAGAAACAAACAUGGAGAGAGUAUUCCAGAGAAUAGACACCCCAGGACUCAGAAAUUCACAGGAAGUUCCUCCACAUGGCGAAUGUCUUGAUGGCUCCAGGUGUUUUAAGAGUAACUUUAUUUCCUCUGCAUUUAUUUUCACCUGCACUGAAGAAGAAAGUGAAACAGGCCUGAAUUAUAAAACAGAAGAUAAAAUGUAUGUGCAGAGUUCAGGGAGUGACCGUCACAGAUUAGAAAAUGCUGAAAAAGAAUCAUUAAAAGGUAAUCCCAGAGAGACAAGUAAAAAUGACACAGAAAACGUCAAAUCAGACUCUGAAACAACCUUUGACUGGGAAACAAAUACACUAAAACGCAAGGUAGCACCCAGUCAGGAGGUACUGGCUUGUGUUAGUUCUAGUAUAAUAAAAAUCCCUGAUUUUGAAACAAAUCAAAUAGAAAAAAAUGAUGAAGCCCAUAGAGUGAAUGACUACAGAUAUGAAGAUCUUAAUCUUGUACCACCUUUAAACCAAAGUUUAAAUUCAGGUGUACAGAUGUCAGAAGUAGAAGAGAUUAACUCUGUUAACAGUGGUGGAAAUCCGGAACUGAAACAGGGUUUCUCUGAAUCAGCUGAAGAAGUUUCUGAUGCCUUUGGUAGUGGUGUGUUGGGGGUGAGUGAACCAACACUAACAGGUGAAGAAGAAGAAGAGAGACUUUGUUUGGAGAAAGACGGCAGAGAUCCCAGCAUCAUGGACUGUGUGGGUCCAUGUGGGACAAGCAGACCUGCACACCACUUCUCACAAAGAAAUGCCAGGCCCACCCUUAAUGGGCCUACGUUAAACGGUGAAGUGGAUUUUAUGGAAAGUUCAAAGGUGAUUUUUGGAAAAAUGGAGUUAUAUGACGCUCUUGAGAGGUAUCCCUGCUUGGCUGGUGUUGAUCCUGCCCAAGUGGACAGGUACACAGCUGCUCCUCACAAUAUGCUGCAGGUAAUUCCUGUCAUCCCAGGUGACAGCAAAGAAAUAGUGGAACCAAGUAGUGAGGACCAUGCUUUAUCACUCACAGAAGAUACUGUAAAUGUAUCUGAAAACCCCUCAAAAGGGGAUUUGCAGAGCUUUCCAGAGAAAUUGUACUCCCAGUUUUUGAGUGAACUUUCCUGUUACCCGAUGGGAGGGUUGGCAAGUCAGAUCUUUUCUGAAGGACUGGCAGGUGGUUGUGGCUAUCAAGGGGGCUGUCUGUGGACGGAUGCUGUUGCGAAAGAUGUGGUAGAAGAUGAACAGAUACUCAGUGACAACCUGCACAGUGAGCCACAGGACUUAGAGAUCGCCUUGUUUUGGAUGGAAAAGCCCCCUUAUCAGCUACCAGUGGCAGAAGAUGGUGUUAUUUGGGGAUGGCAAAACAGAGGUGAACAGUUAGUACCAACAGCCAAGGUUUCAGAGCUAAACCCUAAUGCAGAAGUAUGGGGGACUCAUAUGUCACGUUUGGAAGGCAGUAGUACAGCGGAUGGCAGUGUGAGUGCAGCGUGGGAGGAGACGCCCUGCCAGCGCACAGACUGUGGCCAGGAGGGAUUGGAUGCCAACGGUGAUGGCGACAAAAGUCAUGAGAAUGCAGCACUAUCAGAUUUACAGGAGUCGGACCAAACAGCUAUGAACACUUUGGCUCUGGAUCACUCAGAAUAUGAAUCUCCACCUGAAAAUAGCGAAACGGGAAGAAAUGAGCCUCAACCAGAAAGCCAGGAAGACCCUCGAGAAGUACUUAAAAAAACAUUGGAAUUCUGCUUAUCUAGGGAGAACCUUGCUAGUGACAUGUACCUUAUAUCACAGAUGGACAGUGAUCAGUACGUGCCAAUCACCACGGUAGCUAACCUGGACCACAUCAAGAAGCUCAGCACUGACAUGGACUUGAUUGUCGAAGUGCUGAGAUCUUUACCUUUAGUCCAAGUGGAUGAGAAGGGAGAAAAAGUAAGGCCGAAUCAGAAUCGUUGUAUAGUAAUAUUGCGGGAGAUCCCUGAGUCCACCCCUGUAGAAGAAGUAGAAGCACUAUUUAAAGGAGAUAAUUUACCGAAAUUUAUAAACUGUGAAUUUGCCUAUAAUGAUAAUUGGUUUAUUACAUUUGAAACAGAAGCUGAUGCACAACAGGCUUACAAGUAUUUGCGAGAAGAAGUCAAAACUUUUCAAGGAAAACCAAUUAAGGCACGGAUAAAAGCAAAGGCAAUAGCUAUAAACACAUUUUUGCCAAAGAACGGAUUCAGACCUCUGGACAUGAGCCUUUACACGCAGCAGCGAUACACAGCUUCGUUUUACUUACCUCCAGUCUAUGGCCCCCAGCAGCAGUUCCCUCUGUAUAGCCUGAUCGCCCCUCAGGCGUGGUCGGCAACGCACAGCUAUCUUGAUCCACCCCUGGUAACUCCAUUUCCAAAUGCUGGAUUUAUAAAUGGGUUUACGUCUCCAACCUUCAAACCCACAGCAUCUCCUCUGACUUCACUCAGACAGUAUCCUCCAAGAAGCAGGAAUCCUAGUAAGUCUCAUCUACGCCAUGCCAUUCCCAGUGCAGAGAGGGGACCCGGGCUGUUGGAAAGUCCUUCGAUAUUUAACUUCACUGCAGAUCGGCUACUCAAUGGUGUCCGGAGCCCACAAACGAGGCAGACAGGCCAACCUAGAGCACGGGUACAGAACCCUCCCGCCUAUGCCAAGAGAGACAUUGGAACUGGGCGAGUGGAGCAGAGCAGUCUGGAGUCCUCUCCUGGUUUGGGGAGAGGAAGGAAAAAUUCCUUUGGUUACCGGAAGAAAAGAGAGGAGAAGUUUACAAGGAGUCAAACUCAGUCUCCAACGCCACCAAAGCCUCCGUCUCCGAGCUUCGAAUUAGGGCUGUCCAACUUCCCCCCACUGCCUGGGGCUGCAGGCCACUUGAAGACAGAGGACUUAUUUGAAAACAGGCUAUCUAGCUUGCUAAUGGGAUCAUCAAAAGAAAAGAGCCUCAAUGCGGAUGCAAGCACGAACACUCCUCCCACAGUGACCCCCAGAGAGCCCUCAGUGCCAGCGCCCUGCACUGUGUCAGCCACCUGCGCACGCUCCCCUUCCCCUGCCCACCUCCCCGAGGAUCCCAAGGUGGUCGAGAAGCAGAGGGAAACCCCAAGUGUGGACAGACUUCCUUCUGCCCUGACUGCAACUGCGAGUAAAUCAGUACAGGUGAACGGCGCUGCCACGGAAUUGCGAAAACCCAGCUAUGCGGAGAUUUGUCAGAGGACCAGUAGAGAGCCUCCGGCGUCCCCGUUGCAACCCCAAAAAGAACAAAAGCCAAACACUGUCGGUUGUGGGAAGGAAGAAAAGAAGCUCCCUGAGAGAGAGCCCCCUGCCCCCAAGUCCAACCCGGGACCACCCAAAGACCAGAGGAGGCCGCCAGGCCGCCGGCCUUCACCACCGGCUAUGGGGAAGCGUCCACACAGAGAACAGAGCACCCCUCCCAAGUCCCCUCAGUGAGCGCCGAGGGCUGGGAGGGCUGCGAGGAGCUGAGGUCGCCACAACUAAGCACUGUCCCACUCGGUACCGAGAAUGAGUCGCUGGUUAGGAGCUUGCAGUGUAGAUGAGGCCGUUGAGAUGCCUGCAAGUUAUUUUUCUUCUGUGAGUCGGAUUUUCCCCCUCUUGAAAAAAUCUAUUUUUCAGGAUUUAAUCAAUAUAAACCUUAUUUUAGGUUGGUGCUUAACUGGAGGUGAUGCAUAAGUCUGAUUUUUUUCAGGAUAGAAAAUGCAUUUAUCCUAACGAAUUGAUAUUUUUUAUUAAGCCUCCAUGUGGCUAUGAAUGCAAGCUAUAUAUAGUGAGUUUUUCUAAAUUAAGUGGAACUAUGCUACUUCAUUUUUUAAAAUAACUGGUUAGCAAGUGCAUAUCUCUAAGAUGUCCAGACCAACAGGUAAGGCUGAGGACAGUAGGAUUAAGGGCAUGAGGCAACACUAUAAGUGUAGCCUGGAGAAAGGAUGGGGUCAGAUCGAGCCACACACUGGCCUGGGAGUUGUACUUCCAUUCAGAAUCCUAACAAGUGAUUCUAGCAUUUUUUAUGGGCAUAAAAUGAGUAUAGCCCAUUUUUGAUCUACUGGGCAAAACGAGCCUGCAGAGAGUGCCCAAGAGAGCUCUGAAACCUCGAGUUUGAUGUACUGCAAGCAGUAACCAGCUUCUCACUCCAGUCUCAAGUGGCUAGCUAUUAUGUAAGAUAAAUUCAAAGCACAGUGUGAAUAGAACUUAAAUGAAAACAUAAACUUUGUUGCCCACUGACACGUUACUGCAAAGUUGUACCCUGAUAUUGUUUUGCUCCUGAGAGCUAAUAGGGAGGAUGUGGGAACCUGCCCUGACUCCCGCAUCUCCCCCACGUUAGUCAGCUCCUUUGGGCACCUUCCCAUACCUCUGAUUCGGCACACGGACCGAGACAUUACUUAAUUGUGAGAGAAUGGUAUUUGUGGUGCCCCUUUGGUGGUGGAGGAUAAAAAUUCCCGCUCUCUUUACCUCCAAGGUGAGGGUCUCAUUGAUCCCUUCUGGAAGUGCUGCACUCUGAAGAACACGCAUGCACUAAAGCUAGCAGUUUAUAAUAAAGUUAAAUAUAAAUUAUUUUGUUUUACAAUGCCUAAAUUUUUUCUUUAAGUAUUCUAAGCAGCAGACGUUAAAAUAAGACUAUUUCCUGCUAAAUGUAACCAUACAGUUUAUUCCACAAAAUGUUAUUUAACAAGACUGAGGGGUUUUUUUUAAAAAUUAUUUCCAUCCAAUAUUUAAAGACUUGAAUUUUAUUUAAACUUGAAAUGACUUUGCCUUAACUUUUGUAUAAGACAGCGUAGAGUUGGUGGAGACCGGCCCCUGGGUUGGCGUGAGUGGAGUACAGAGCUACUCAGUUACGUGGGAUCUACUGGCACUAGUUUUACUGAGUAAGCAUACUGUAGUAUGAGAACUAGCAGUAGUGUUUGUAAUAUACCUUGAAGAUCUUAAACAGUUGACCUUUUUCAGAUUGUUGAAAACCCUGUAAAUGCAGAUAGUCAAUACUGUAUUAAAUAUGUGCACUUGGAGUGUGUGCUUUGCCUGUACAGUUGUAAAUAAUCAGAACAUAUUAAAAAGGUACCCUAAAGAGAAAAUCUGAUAAAAAUUAUUGAUAUAUUAUAAAUGUUGCUAUUGAGCUGGAUGUAGAUAAACUAAAUGUUGUGGUUUGAAUAUUAUUUUAAUUUGUUGAGGUUUUUUCCUUUUUCUCUUAUGCCAGUGUGUUGAACUGAUUCUGCCUCUUUGCUGCUGCAAAAGGGAAAUGGAAAGUCUUAUUAAAGCCUUCAGAUGUUUUCAUGCUCUUCUUAAAAGUAUGUAAAUAUGUACUAAUCAUAGCUAAUGUGAAAGGGUUUUUGAAGUAUAAUAUUGAAAGCAGAAACUGGCAGGAUCUUCAAGUGAAAGUAAAAAAAUCAUCUACUUAAAAUCAUAAAUAACUAAGUAUGAUGUCCCCUGCCGGAGGAAAGGGCACCCUGGUGCAUUUGACCAUCUCCUUCAGAGCGGCUUUCAUCACUCAAUACCUAGAAAUACACACAGUGCUAAUAUUUUACAAAUGCUGGUAAAAGGAACAUGGGAAUUUAUUUCUUUGUGAUUGUCAGACUGCUGACUAAAAAAUCAGGAACAAUUGACCUCUUACACCCAAACUGAUGAGUACUGUACACAGAGUUGGAACGGCACGCUCGAAGCCCUAGGAAUUCAUUAAUGUUGCAGUCUUUGCUGGAGGAGGGAGCGGAUAUUGUCAGCCAUCAUCAUCCCUCAAAUCACAAACCCUGUGGAGCCGAGACACUGGUUUUUAAUAAUGACAAAUCCUUUCCCUAGAGGCGGGUGUGUGCUAAAGCCAGCUGUAGCGAUCUGCUGUUUGUUGGCAGACAGGAUGACGGUGGGCCCCUGUGUUAGCAGCCAGUCGUGUGGCGGGCGAGUGCCUGUGAGGUGCGUGGUGGAUUCUGCUGCGUCUGUGCUGCCUCAGUGUGCUGCAUUUACUGCUCCCUCAGCCAGUCUGUUGCAUCAGGAGUUGAAACCUUGUUCUGAUGUGAUUUUUAUAGCAUCCUUUUUAAUUAAGCACAGGUGAUAUGCCAAAUAGCUCUGUAAUGUCCACAAAACGACCUUUCUGACGUUGCUCUGAGAUGUCCCCUCACAGAAAGGAAUGGGAGUUCACAACAUGAAGCUGUGACGUGGCACACGCAGACAGCAGCUCCGUCACAUGCAGCCAGUAGUGUGUGGCUUUCGUACAUUUUUAAAAAUUUAACUCUUUCCUUUCCCCCAGCAGUAUCUCAAGGUAUAGAAUCAGAUACAGCAGUCACAAAGGACAUUUUAACUUGUAAAAUUGUGUGGUGAUGCUUAUCAUCUGGAAAUAUAAGAAUAAGAAUCUGGCUUAUUUCACCAGACAUGAAUUUCAAGUAGAAUAGUUGCUUUUUAAGCGUUAGUGUCAUGAUGUUUCUGAUCAGGCCCUCCUGCACUCACAUCACUGGUUGUCACUAGCAGGUGGCAAAAGAUGUUUUAUGUUGCUGUGUUAGUCAGGAUUGCUGCAGUUUACUUUGAAAACUGGUUCAGUUUCUCGCAAGGGCAGUGGGUGAGGAAGGUUCGUGCCUGUCUUUGUAUCUGCCGUCAGCGCACUGUAGUUAGGGGUCCGUGUGCUUCGAAGCCUAUUACGCAGAAAGCAGCAGACAAUCGAAGACUGAAGGAGAGCCAACAGCUGCCAAUUCACAAAACAGGAGUGUAACAUGGAAGCUUUCUUGAAGGUUUUUGUUUUUGUUCUACUUUUUAUUAAGACUGGAAUCAAGCUUACAUGUAAACUAUUGGUAAUUUAAGUUUCCUUUUGUGUCAUUCAGUGUAAAACUGUCUAAUUUGAAAAAAAAUGUAGGUUAUGAAAAAUAAAGAUUUAGGCACUGUUCAA